CAAGGCAGCAGUGCAUCAGCAGUAGCAGCAGCAGCAUCAUCAGAGGAUUACCAAGCAUAACAGGAUGUCUUUUCGUGGCAAGAACGCGGUAGUGACUGGCGGAGCCGGCGGCAUUGGACUCCAGGUGUCCAAGCAGCUCCUGGCGGCUGGUGCAGGGAAGGUGGCCAUCAUGGACAUACAGGACAAUCUGGAGGAGUUUGUCAAGCUGAGGGCCGCCCAUCCCACGCAGAGCGUGAUGAUCGUCAAAAUGGAUGUGGCGAACAAGAAGGGCGUGGAGGCCACCUACGAGGAGAUUUCCAAGACCUUUGGCAGCAUCGACAUUGUGGUGAACGUGGCGGGCAUCUUCAACGACAAGGAAGUCCAGCGCACUCUCCUCGUGAAUCUGGGCGGGAUCAUCAACUCGACGCUGAGUGCCCUGCCCUACAUGAGCAAGGACAAUGGCGGCAAGGGAGGCAUUAUUGUCAACAUGAGCUCGGUGGUGGGCCUGGACCCGAUGUUCAUCAUUCCCGUCUACGGCGCCACCAAGGCGGGCAUCAUCAACUUUACCCGCUGCCUGGCGAACGACAAGUACAACGCUCGAUCGGGCAUCAAGUUUGUCACCGUCUGUCCGGGGGCCACCAUGACCGAUAUGUUCACCAACUUCACGGAGAAGAUCAUCUUUCCGGAGACGAGCGACGAGACGUACAGGAUCCUCGACAGGCUCAACAAGCAGAGCGCCGCCGACGUGGCCCGCUGCAUCUUGAGUGUGCUCGAGAAGGACAAGAACGGAGCGGUCUAUGUCAUUGAGGGCAAGCGCGUCUACCCCUUGGAAUUGAAGCCCCAAUGGACGGGCAAGGAGCAGGCAGUCUGAGUUCAACACACGACGACUAUAAAUGUUAUACAAACUAUCGAAAUUAGUAUUUAAUAAACAUGCAAAGCUCA